GCUUAACUGCGUACUCUUCCUGUAUAUGUUUAUUGGCAGGAUUAGCGACUUUCGUCCAACAUCGCUGUACUUCAGUUAUACGGUGAUUUAACUCGUUUUAAAAACAUGGGUACACACAACAGUUAAUUGUGAUGCUGACUUUACAUUUAGUCAGUGGCUUUGCUUAGAUGUACGCUAAGCUAAAUAACGUUAUACCCAUACUGGAGCAUUUUUGUUUACUUACAGCAAAGGAGUAACUGUUUUUUUUCUCGGGCUAACAAAUCUGGCUUUCCAAAAUUUUCGUGGUUUGAUCAUGUCAGUCAAUGCGUAAAUCUGCUGCAGUAACAGCAGUCCACUGACAGUCAGACUCACAGCCACAUACAGUGUAGUAGUCAGUCCAGACUCAUUGGUCCAACAGAGGGAUCACCGACCAUGGCAACACAACAGUGGACCGGUGUUACCGGCUGCUGCAAUCCCAGCCCAGAGGACUUUCCCCCAGCUCCCCAGGGUGUAACCAGCCCCCCCAGCCUUGAGAGCCUGUCCUGCGCUUCUCCGAGUGCAGGUCAGGUUAGAGAGCCGGAGCCCAUCUCCUAUGUAACCCUCCAAGAGCAGCGGUGCGUCCUGAGCUGGUUCCAGGGUUGGACCGCCACUCAGAGGGAGCGGUUCUUGCAGGACCUGCUUGGGAAAGCUGUGCCCGGGAAAGUCUGUACCCUCCUAGAUGCACUUAGUACUCUUGAGGUUAAAGACCGACUACCAAACAUCUUUGAGUGCCAGCUGCGUCUGUGGACCCAGUGGUUUGAAUCAUGGGGAGAAGAGGAGAGGAAUCAUUUCCUGCACAUGCUGGAAGAACGAGAUCCAGUGUUUGUGGCCCUCUUUUAUAACAGUGUAGCCGGAACAGCAGGAAGAGACUGAGCAAUGUUUGCACUGUGAUAGAAAAGCAAGUGGUUAUAACAAAAUGUGUUGAAGAGGUGACACGAGGUGGGGAAUGUGUAUUAGAUGUGAGAUGAGAAAUGUGCGUGACUUAUUGUUGAAGGUAAACCAUUUCAUAUAAAGAAGAGAAAUGUUCAUUCAGUUCAAGCUGUUUUUAUUCCGUUUCCUACACUCAGUUCUCCAGGGCUGCAUCACGUUAUAACACUUUUUAUACUCAGUGCAGUACUUUUUUUGUUUAAUGAGUGAAGCGGCGACUUGAAAUGAACAGGUUUUGUUUUGGUUCUUG